AUGGACCGCUGCAAUCUGUUGCGUAAGAGAUACCACCUGUUUACUGACAACUACUACACAAAGUUACCUCUGGCGCGUUCACUGUACGAAGCCAAGUCUUACUUGACUGGUACAGUGAACAAGAGGAGUAAGGAGCUGUCAAAAACGGUUCUGCAGGCCAAGCUUUGUGUUGGGGAAUCAUUGUAUUUCAGGAAAGGGAAUGAGAACAUCCUUUUGCUGAAAUUCAAGGAGAAAGCCACUCGUAAACCGGUCCACCUCAUCUCCACUGCUUGUCAUGCAGAAAACGUCGAAGUAAACAGGGGGUAUGACGUCGUGACCAAGCCCAUGGUGAUACAUCGCUACAAUCAACACAUGGGAGGUGUUGAUAGUAAAGAAAAAAGUAUCUACCAUGUGACUUGUUCACGACAGACCAAAAAGUACUGGAAGAAAAUUGUGUACAAUUACAUGGAUAUGGCGAUCUUCAAUGCCUACCUACUCCCUAUUAGCUGUCUAACCAACAGCCUAUGA